AUGAUUAAUAUAAAAAAUAUUAAAAAAACUCAAAAAGGAAAAAUAAAAGGUAAUUUUAAUUUAAAAUUUUUAAAGUUAUAUUGGGGUAUAGUUUCUUUAAAUUCUGGAUUUUUUACUAAUAAUCAAUUAGAAACUUCUAAAUUUAUAAUAAAUAAAUAUGUAAAGAAAAUAGGUAAAUAUAAUAUAUGUAUAAAAUGUACAAAAUCUUUAACUAAAAAGUCAUUAAAAACUAGAAUGGGGGUAGGUAAAGGUUCUGUAGAUUUAUAUGUUAGUAGUAUAAAAAAAAAAAAUUAUUAUUUGAAAUUAGUUAUAUUCCUUUAG